AUGGCCGACGAAGAAUAUGAUGCCCAAAAGGCUGCCGAGAUCAAGGCAAAGAGAGCAUUCCGCAAGUUUUCCUACCGUGGAAUCGACCUCGACCAACUCCUCGACCUUUCCUCCGACCAACUCCGCGAUGUCGUCCACGCUCGUGCUCGCCGUAGGUUCAACCGUGGUUUGAAGCGCAAGCCUAUGGGUCUCAUCAAGAAGCUCCGCAAGGCCAAGCAAGAGGCUCAGCCAAACGAGAAGCCUGAUUUGGUCAAGACUCACUUGAGAGACAUGAUUGUCGUCCCAGAGAUGAUUGGUAGCGUUAUCGGUAUCUACUCCGGAAAGGAGUUCAACCAAGUCGAAAUCAAGCCUGAGAUGGUUGGUCACUACUUGGCCGAAUUCUCUAUCUCUUACCGCCCAGUCAAGCACGGAAGACCCGGUAUCGGUGCCACCCACUCUUCCCGUUUCAUUCCUCUUAAGUAA